UUCUGAAUCGUCUGUUAUAAAAUUAUUAUUAUUAUUAUUAUUAUUAUUAUUAUUAUUAUUAUUAUUAUUAUUUUUUACUUGUAUCGCUCUUGGUAUUAUUUUACUAUGUACGUUGUAUAAUAUAGUAUAUCAAAUGCGCUUUAUAUAUCUUCUAUACGAAUUAAUCCUCGUUAAUCCUGAUCAUUUAUUAUGCAUAUAUAUCUAGUAUAAACGUAUAGUGUUAUCGUUGAAUACUUAUAUCCAUUUGUAUAAUUAAUUUUGAAUUUUUUUUACGUAGGGGCUUUUUGUUCUUUUUUUAUUUAUACUAUUCCUUAAAACGUAUUAUGAUAUAAAAAAAAAAAAAAAUUAUUACAAUAUAUAUCGACAAUUAGAUUUUACAUGUAUCUAAAAUAAUACUUCGGAUGAUAACUUACCAUGAUGGCGUCGUUGUCUCUUGAUCAUUUUAAAAUCUGUUUUAAUUCUAAUUGAGAACAAAUAUAACACUAAGAUUUUCUCUUUAACGUAAUGUUUGAUACAUUUAGUAUUUAAUAUAUAUAUAUAUAUAUUUUUUUUUUAAUAAAACAAAUAUUGCACUUAUCUAUUUUCACAUAAUCAGAGAAACGAGUAAAUUUAUUAUGCUAAAGGAAAUAUAAUCAAACGUUUCUCGAGCUUUGAAAACAACUGAAGGACCUAACCAAAAAUUAUUGAAAUCUGAUUGGUUGGACAAAAUUGUCGCGCUGAUUGGAUAAUCCAGAUCACGUGACACUACGACAAUCAUAUUGUUAUAAGUAAUAAAUAAAUGAUCGUUCAGGUAAGAGAUUCAUUUCUUUUCCGUAUUUGGUUUAGUCGCGUACGGUCGUUUCAUUUGAUAAACGUUAGUGACAAAAAUUAAAUAUCAUAAAAGUAUAAGUUAAUAAACUGUGAUCAUUCUAAUCUGAAGGUCUAUAGGAACGUAAAUUACUGACGGGGAUUGGCUGAACGAUAUUGAUACGCUGAUUGGCAAGAAACGUCGUCUCUUGACACAACUUUAGCCGUGUUUUUAUACCCACUUAACGACAGGUAACAGCAAUGUAAUAUAUUGUGAAAUCACAUUUAUUUGUUUUCUUUACUUUUUAUUAUCUCAAGUGUUGUCAUUGUUAGAUCAGUAAAUUUAUGAUUAAUAUUUUAAAAUCCAUCAAUUAUAUGAGAUAUAUAUUAUUUUGGAGCUUAUUAAGAACAUCUUUAGUUAAUUCUCAAUAGACUAUACUGAAGGUGAAAAUGUUGGAAAUUUGCGUGGACACAAUAGAGUCGGCAAAGAAUGCGAUUAUAGGUGGUGCCAAAAGAUUGGAGGUAUGUUCGGCUUUAUCGGAAGGUGGUUUAACACCAACAAUUGGUUUGGUGAAAGCAAUUCGUAAUUUAACGAAUAUAAAAAUCUUCGUUAUGUUACGCAUUAGAAGCGGAAAUUAUAUUUAUUCACGUGAUGAGAUGAAUGCCAUGUUGGACGAUUUGAAAAUGUUUAAGGAUUCAGAAAUAGUAAAUGGUUUUGUUUUCGGUGCUUUGACGAAUGAUCGUGAAAUCGAUAUACUUUAUUGCGACGAAAUAAUAAACGCAGCUUAUGGAUUACCCGUAACGUUCCAUCGUGCUUUCGACGAAAUACGUGAUCCUUUGGAAGGCAUUAAAAUAUUGUCCAAUCUCGGUUUCGCAAGGAUAUUGUCAUCGGGACAAAAGGACACAGCCGAGGAAGGUAUCAGUAUUUUGCAAAUGAUGUGUAAGGAAGCUACCGGAAAAAUAAUAAUAAUGCCAGGUUCCGGGAUUACUCCUGACAAUAUAUAUAAUAUUAAAUUAAAAACAAAUGCUACGGAAUUUCAUUCUUCGGCUAGGAAGAAGAAAAAACUUUUUGAGAAUGAAAUUAAUCAUAUAAAAGUCGGUACAGUAGCCGAGGAAGUAUUUGUCAUGGUUACCGAUAUUCAUACUGUCAGACAAAUGAAUCAAAUAAUUAAUAAUGGUAUUAAUUCGUAAUUCAUUGACUGCAUUUAAUUAUUGACUCUUUGAACUCAAAUAAUUUCUAUUUUCUUUUUUGUCCUCUCUCUCUCUCUCUCUCUCUCUCUCUCUCUCUCUCUCUCUCUCUCUCUCUCUCUCUCUCUCUCUCUCUCUUUCUCUCCCCUCCCCCUCUCUCUCUCUCUCUCUUGAAGAAAAACAAAAACAAAUAAUUGCUCUGACCUUGUAGCUGAAUCAGUUUAAGUAUUUAUUAUUAUCAUCCAAAACGUAACGUUACGAAUUUAAAAGAUUUAAUAGAUCUAAUUUACAUUAGAUGUGGUGAUUAUCAGUUUUAUUUACGUUUUAUUUGAAAGUAGAUUAUUUUUGAGAAGGUCUUUUAUUUUUUUUUUUUUUUUUCUAUCUUCUCUUUUUUCUUUCUUCUUUUUUCCUUCUCCCCUUUUUUUUUUUUUGCAUUAUUGUCGUCAUAACUGAAGGUUAAUUUGAUUUUUCAUUAAUAUAAUAUCUUUUUUUAUUAAUGUUAGUUCAAGUAUCAUUAACUUUUCUAUUCAUUCAUUCAUUUUUUUUUGUUUUUUUGUACCAUUUAGUUAACCUGGUCGUAUAUAAACAUAGAAAUAAGAUACAUUCGUAUAUAGAGCUAAUGAUAUGAUAGUACACGUGUCUUUUAAUUUCAAGGUUAUUAAAAAAAUGCAUUAAUAUAUAUUAUUUAAUGUAAAAUAGAUGCAAUAUCUACUUUGAGAUUGAUGUUUUACGUAUUUUUCUUUUCAAGAUCGAAAUGAUAACCUUUAACUCUUGUAGAUUUAUUCCUUAUAUUAUAUAUUUUAUUAAUUUUUUGUCGGGAUGGAGGAGGGAGAAAAACAAAAAAAAAAGAAAAAUGAAAUAAAAUAAAAUUAAAUUAAAUUAAAAGAAAAGAAAAAUAAACAAAUAUCAAAAUCAAUAAAUUUGACGUUUUCAUAGAGGAUCAAUAUUGCAGUAUGAUUUAUUACUAUGAAUGUAUGUAUGUUCGAUUUUUGAAAAUAUGAAAAAAAGAAUGAAAAAAAAAUAAAAACUGCGCACCCUGGAGAUGCAGCGUGAUUUGAAUUUUUAGAUUAAAAUUAACUUGUCCAUCCGAAUUAGAAACGAUGAUUAGUAUUAUUACCUUGUACAAUUUUCUUGUCCACUAUUAUAAAUCUCACGGUUAUCAAUUGUCAGGAUGACGCAAUGAUGAUUAAUAAAAAUACAUAAUGUCGAUCAUUAAAUUUCAUUAAAGUUAACAACGUCUAUAAAUAUUUUAUUUUUUACGACGAUUAUAAGUCAUUAUUGGUUAGUUAUGUAUAACUUAUUGUCAAAUUAAAUUUAAUAAUUCAUUACAGUAAAAUAUAAGUUGAAAUGGUCCAUUGAUUUGAUAAAAAGAAAAAAAAAUGUAUAUAUAUAUACAUGUAUAUAUAUAUAUAUUUUUUUUUUGUUUUCUCUAGAAAAUUUUAUUUCCUGAAAUAAAAUUUAACGAUUUUAAUAAUUAAGCUAAUAAACAGUAUUUUAGAAUAUGCGAUUGAU